CAAGGACCGAGGUCUAGAUGGUCCAGAGGGUGAGCAGAGUGUGAAGGGGAGCCGUAUGGAGGACAAAUGCGCCACCCUACAAAAACCACCCAGCGGAAUCCAGGGGGCAAGUUCAGGACCCAACAAGCUGCCAGCCCGCCAGCAGCAUUUGGGUGCCAAGGCCGGAGUUCCGGCAAGUUCCGGUGCAGCGUUCUAGACAGGGCGGGUUCCGGCGCCGGGUCGCAGGGGCGGGGCCUCGGCGUCGGCGGCACUCAGCGUAGUUAGCCGGAGCUCUUCGCUGCGCUAGGGAUUCCACUCCUGGGGAAUGGAGGCGGGCGCCGUGGCCGACUCUUUCCUUUCCGGAGCCUGCGUACUCUUCACCCUGGGCAUGUUCUCCACUGGCCUCUCGGACCUCAGGCACAUGCAGAAGACCCGGAGCGUGGACAGCAUCCAGUUUCUGCCUUUUCUCACCACGGAUGUCAACAACCUGGCGUGGCUGAGUUAUGGCAUCUUGAAGGGAGAUGGGACCCUCAUCGUCGUCAAUGCUGUGGGUGCUGUGCUUCAGACCCUGUAUAUCCUGACCUAUCUGCACUACAGUCCUCAGAAGCAUGCUGUGCUCCUACAGACUACAGCCCUGCUAGGGUCCCUUCUCCUGGGCUAUGCCUACUUUUGGCUUCUGGUGCCGGACCCUGAAGCCCAGCUUCAGCAGCUGGGCCUCUUCUGCAGUGUCUUUACCAUCAGCAUGUACCUCUCACCACUGGCUGACCUGGAGUAUCUUUGCCACAGGCCAAGAUCAUUCAGAGUAAAUCAACUCAGCGUCUCUCCUUCUCACUCACCAUUGCCACCCUCCUUGCCUCUGCCUCCUGGUCCAGCUACGGGUUUCGACUCAGAGAUCCAUACAUCAUGGUUCCCAACCUUCCAGGAAUCCUCACCAGCUUUAUCCGCCUCUGGCUUUUCUGGAAGUAUCCCCCAGAGCAUGACAGGAACUAUCGGCUUCUGCAAACCUGACCUCAGGCACCUUAAUGCCAACUUGAUACCAAAGAGAGCCCUUUGUUUCAACUGAUUCUAGUGACCAAUUCCAUGGGUGCAAUAGGUGGUGAGCAAAAGAUGACUUUGAGAGUACAGGGAUCGAAGAAAGACCUUUACUUAGAUCAGAUGGGACCUAGAGAUAAAAUCACUUUUUAAAAAAGAUUAUCCUUUUUCAUUUUGGAGGCUGGGAUGGUAUCUUUAGAAUUUUCCUUAAAAUAAACUAUUCCCCACCUCUGCCCA